AUGAGUCGUUUCAACAUUCACAAUCGCUUGGUGGCUAUCGCUGUCUCUUUCGGGUCUCUGACCUACGGCUAUUCCUCUUCGAUUAUCGGGAGCACAAUUGGGCAGCCUGGAUGGUAUUCUUUCUUCAAAUUGCCCGCCCAAGGCGAGCCGGGCUACGCAACUACAACAACUCAAGCCAUUGCGACCGCCAAUGGUCUCUAUAGUGCUGGAGGCGCCGUUGGCAGUCUCUUCAUUAUGUGGGCUGCCAGUGCGAUUGGACGCAAGCGCAAUAUUCAGUUGGGAGCACUCCUGGUGCUCCUGGGUGGCGCUUUGCAAGGCGGAGCGGCCAAUCUGGACAUGUUUCAAGCGGGCCGCUUUAUCGCGGGUCUAGGAGUGGGCAUCCUGGUGACCAUUUGCCCGAUGUAUCUCUCCGAAAUCUCCCCGCCACAGAACCGAGGAUUCUUAGUCGGUCAUCAUGCGAUCUUCCUGGUCUUCGGAUACAUGCUCAGCUCCUGGCUUGGGUUUGCAUGCUACUUCGCGACCGGGGAUAAUCCGUCUUUUGCAUGGAGGUUCCCUCUCUGCAUGCAGUGUUUCGGUCCUCUUGUCUUGUUCCUCACGUCGAUCUUUAUCACAGAGUCCUCUCGUUGGCUGCUGCAGCAGGGCAAGUCCGAAGAAGCUUGGAAGUCAUUGAAGAAAUUGAGGAGACACCCUAUUGGUGAUCCGGAGGACCUUGCGAUCAAGGAAGAGUUCUACCAAAUCCAACAGCAGCUCGCACUUGAGCAGGCGAAACUGAAUGCUCUAGGCUACGGACCUUGGACUGCUAUAAUCAAAAAAUCAAGCUAUCGCAAGCGAAUGAUCAUCGGGUUCUUGACUCAGUGGGGUGCGGAAUUUGGAGGACCUUUGGUCAUUAACAACUACUUUGUCAUUUUGUGUACCAAUCUCGGUCAAACGGGCUAUAUGCCCCUUCUGCUCUCUGCAAUCUGGCUUACCACCGCCGGUCUGAUAUACAACCCAUUCGGAGCGUGGCUUCAUGACCGGGUGAAUUCCCGCCGGUGGAUGUUCAUGGUUGGACUGAUGGGCUGUCUGGUCACAACCUCCGGCCUGGCCGGGUGCAUUGCUCAAUAUUCUGGGAAGGCCAACAAAGCCGGCAACGGAGCUGGCUUGUUCUUCAUUUUCCUGUAUUUGGCAUUCCAAGGCGAGAUUUUCCCCACAGAAAUUCGUGGUAUCGGUAUGGGAUUUUCCCUCUUUGGGCAAUUCGCAGCCACUGUGAUUUUGCUCCAAACGGCGCCUGUUGGCAUUCAGAAUGUUGGCUGGAAGUACUACCUAGUCAUCAUUUGCUGGUGCAUUUUCUUUAUCCCCAUUGUUUAUUUUUUCUGGCCUGAGACAGCCCGAUUGACGCUCGAGGAGAUUGCUUCUCAAUUUGGGGAUGACGUUGCGGUACAGAUUCAUGGUAUCUCCGACGAGCAACGCCAACACUUGGAUGAAUUUCUCCAGGACAAGGACAUCAUCCACAUGGAAAACACCGAGCACGCUUAA